AAGAAGAUAAGUUAAAACGUAGAAGAAGAAGGCAGUGGCCUGCUUGAAAUCUAACGAGCGGAAGAGAUAAGGCUAAUAUUUUUUUAUGUUUUUUUCCAGCAAUGAGGUUGUGACCGCCUCUUUGGGACGUUGCUGAAAAUGCAGCACAGUACCUUUGGUUAUAUAGUUUAAAUAGAGAAUCAUGCAGAUGUUGACUCUGUCACAACACCUGACAACUCACAGACAUGCCGUGGUGCCUUAUCUCCAAGCGGAACUAUAAUUUAUAACCAUCACACAGUGGAAACCAAACUGCAUUUGGUUUUGGUUUUUAUCUCAGCACUGGUACCAGUUCAUCAUUUUGUCUUUGUAAACACAGGCUAAAAAACGAGCCGUUUUCAUCCAGACCAUGGUUGAUAAUCGCUAUGCCACAGCUCUGGUCAUCGGCUCAGUGCUGAGCCUGCUGGCGACAGUCUACCUCUCUGUGGCUGUAGGGUCUCAGCACUGGUACCAGUUCAGCUGUCCACCAACUAAAUGUUCGGGGAGCAACGCCUCCGAGCUCAGAGAAGAGCCCAGAGACGAUCCGGUCAAUGGAGAGUUUGAAGCGAGGAUUUACAACAACAUGUAUCACCUGAACGGCACCCUGGGACUGUGGUGGAGGUGCAUACUGGUGCCCACCCAGUCACAAGACUCACACUGGUUCAGAGAGCCAGAUCCAAAGAUGGAGACGAAGUGUGAGAGCUUCACUCUCGCUCAGCAAUUUAGUCCAAAGUACAACCCUGGAAACCACAACGGAGAAGAAGAUCUCCUCAGAACAUACUUGUGGAGGUGCCAGUUUCUUCUACCCUUGGUGUCUCUGGCUUUGGUGUUCCUCGGUGGCCUUGUCGGUGUCUGCGCCUGCCUGUGUCGCAGCUUCACCCCCACCUUGGGUGUGGGAGUGCUCCAUUUACUCGCAGGUCUGUGCACUCUGGGCACCGUCUGCUGUUUCCUGGCCGGGGUGGAUUUGCUCCAACAGUUUUACCUUCCGCCAGAAGGGGUGGAGGGCUCGCUGGGCUGGUCCCUCUACCUCGCCCUCAUCUCCUUCCCCCUGCAGAUGAUGGCAGCUGCUUUGUUCCUGUGGGCGGCCAGGAGUCACCGCAAAAACUACACCCGCAUGACGGCUUACAGGGUUGCUUAAAGAGAGACUGCUACAACAACUUACCUUCCUUUUCUCUUAAGAAGAGAGAAAAAAAAAAAACGUUUCUGAUAAUGACUGUAAAGGUUGUUGUUUUUUCUGUAACAGUUACAUGAUAUCACAGAUCUAGGCAGGAAGACACUAAACCAGUUUGCAGCUAAUCAUCAUAAGUGCUCAAAAUUAGGGUUUAAUACCUUUUGAGUUGUCAUUUCACCUUUGUUUUCUACCAUCUCUAACUUUUACCCAUAGCAUGUUCUUUAGUGUGUUUUAACACCCAGAUGUCGUGGAUCAUUUGUUGUUGCUGUGUUGUACUUAAAUGCCUUCUUUUUAGUUGCCAUUGCUUUCAAAGCUGCUCACCACAUUGCCCUUAAAUCAGUUAUAGAUUAUAAACUUGCACACAAAUAUCAGACAUGCAGUUAUCAAAGCCAGGGUAGCUUUUAUAUAAUAUUGCAUGAAAACUAUUAAGCAAGCCUACCUUAAGUUUUUAUUUUUAUUUUUUGUGUGGUUUUAUUUUUGUAUAACCUUAAAUAUCAAGCCUUUGCUGUGCAUGCCUUUUAAAGCUGACUUUCUGUCAUCUGUGGUAAUAGUUGAUUUCAGUCUGUGGUAUGUGUUGACUAAAUGUCACUAAAAAUGUAACCACUCCUCUCCCAUUGUCACCUGUGUUUAAAGAUCUAAUGUUUAUGAUCGCGGUUGAUUUGAAUGUUAAAAGAAAAAGUAAAUUGAUUUAAUGCCACUUGAGCAAACCUGUGACCUCUUCGUAACAUUUUAAUUGUUUUAAUUGUAACUGUUUCAGCUCCACAUAAUUCUACUGCCAUUUUACAUCUGUUAAAAUGUUUUUCUAGUCAUGGUUGCUGUCAGGUCUUUGUUCGUUUUAGAGAUUAUUUUCAUCAGUUACCCUAACUGAUAGUUUGACAGCCAAAUAUCUGCGUCAUUUAAAGCCUUUCAAGAGACCGGUAUUCUGAAUAACAAAUCGAAUCUGUAAAAUCUUCAUUUGUAAAUGAAAAACCUCAUGAAUCUCCGCCUCUACCCUUAACAUUUGUCUGGAAAGUAAAUUAAUUUGUUACUUUUCUGUGUGUCCGAAAUGUCUCUGCAACAGAAUACAAAUUGUGAUGGUUUUGUGUCACAAUGUUUUGUUACUCGUCUGCUUUUCUAAAUGUUUUUAUGUAUUCUGAAGCACACUGUACCAGUUUCUGAACUGAUAAAUUUGACAUUUGCCAA